CGAAUCGGACAGCACUAUCACUCAAGACUGCACUGGCCUAACGUUACAUCUCUCUCCCUCUUAAGCUAGUACACCAGUAGUGUUAUUUUCUCACAAUGCCUUUCUCUGAAUUAUAUUUUAAUGUGGAUAAUGGUUAUCUGGAGGGGCUGGUGAGAGGUUUUAAGGCUGGUAUUUUAUCUCAGGCGGAUUAUUUGAAUCUCGUUCAGUGUGAAACUCUGGAAGACCUGAAGCUUCACUUGCAGAGCACUGACUAUGGAAGCUUCCUGGCCAAUGAAGCCUCUCCCCUCACUGUCUCCGUCAUUGAUGACAAGCUGAAAGAGAAGAUGGUGGUGGAGUUCCGCCAUAUGAGGAACCAGUCUUACGAGCCUUUGGCCAGCUUCAUGGAUUUCAUCACAUACAGCUAUAUGAUUGACAAUGUCAUCCUGUUGAUCACUGGAACUCUCCAUCAGCGGGCCAUUUCAGAGCUGGUGCCCAAGUGCCAUCCGCUUGGCAGCUUUGAACAGAUGGAGGCCGUUAACAUCGCCCAAACUCCAGCAGAGCUCUACAAUGCCAUCCUGGUGGAUACACCACUUGCUGCUUUUUUUCAGGACUGCAUCUCUGAGCAGGAUUUGGAUGAGAUGAACAUUGAAAUCAUUCGUAAUACUCUUUACAAGGCUUAUCUAGAAGCUUUCUACAAGUUCUGCUCUUCACUGGGUGGCACAACCGCAGAUACCAUGUGCCCAAUUCUGGAGUUUGAGGCAGACAGAAGAGCUUUUAUCAUUACCAUUAACUCCUUUGGUACGGAGCUCUCCAAAGAAGACAGAGCUAAACUCUUCCCUCACUGUGGCAAGCUCUACCCAGAGGGUCUUGCACAGCUAGCCCGUGCAGAUGAUUACGAGCAGGUCAAAGCUGUGGCUGAAUACUACCCUGAAUACAAGCUUCUCUUUGAAGGUGCUGGCAGCAACCCAGGAGACAAAACCCUUGAGGAUCGCUUUUUUGAACAUGAGGUGAAACUCAAUAAGCUGGCCUUCCUGAAUCAGUUUCAUUUCAGUGUGUUCUAUGCCUACGUCAAGUUGAAGGAACAAGAGUGCCGGAACAUUGUGUGGAUUGCUGAGUGUAUUGCUCAAAGGCAUCGCGCUAAGAUUGACAACUACAUCCCCAUAUUCUAAUGAGUAAAAGGAUCAUUCGCUUUUGUUUGACAGACAAAACAAUGCCAUUGCAUUCCCCUCCACCCUUGGGAUUUUUUUAAAGAAAAGUUUUAGAAAAGUAAUAAAUGUUGUUUUUUUUGUUUUUUUUUUUCUUCAUGAUGUCAUGACUGUGAAACCAUGUCACCUGGCAGUCAGUCACAGCACAUUGCAAAUGAAGGAUGCAGGAAAUUACAGGAAAACAGGAGAGUUUAAGUGAAAUACACAACCCAAGACAUCUAAUUGUCAUACUCUUUCUGUGGUAUCCUAAGAAAACAUACAUUCCAUUAUUAUUAUUAUUAUUAUUAUUAUUAUUAUUAAUAUAUUGCAUACUUUUUCAAUUAAUGUACAUUUUCAGAUUAAAAUCUCCCAUGAUCUCCCAGUAUCCGCAUCUGAUGAGUAAUAGAGAAUCACUGGUAAUUUAGAGUGUGAGCCUUAUUUUGAAACACAAGCAGACAGAAAAGAAAAACAAGGAAUUUCUGUGUAAAUCAUAUUGCGUAAAUUGUUGUAUUCAUUUGAACUGCGCGGUUACAUAAGAAUGGAUUUAUUAUUGAUUUACAGAGUAAUUGUUUUGCUUGUGUUUCUCAAAUAAGGAACAACGGGAUUAUCCUUAAAGGAGAAUUGCUGGGAAUUAACAUGGAAAAAAUGUUCUUUUGUGUGUAUAGAUUCUUCACUGUGUCUGUUUGUUAAAAUGAGAAUCAUGUGCUUGCCAUUUGUAAAUUAGUGCUAAAAUUUGUGCUGACAUAAUUUAUGGAGAAGAUCAUAUUUUAUGAUUGACAGCUGAAUCAGUGAGGUCAAAUGGAUCUAAUAUUAAGAAAGACCUUGCUCUUGGCUGAAUCUAUUGUACUAUUGUAACCAUAUUGUUUGUGUUUUAAGUGAUCUAAAUGAAAUCUAUAAAUAUAUAUAUAUAACGUA